UCUUAUAGCUUCUUCUUUUUAAAGAAAAAAAAACGCUAAAAGGUGCUCCUACUUGGCACUUAAAUAAAACGAGAUUGAACAAUAUUAGUUGUGUCGUAUAAAAGUCAAAACUUGAGCACUGAGUUCUGCUUAUCUAUAGCUUGAAAGCCUACGACAAAUGAGUGGCCCUUGUUGACGAUAUAAUUUCAUAGCUUCAAUGCGGUGUGGUAGUUAGUCUUAAUCUAAGUUUCUAACUAUGGUGGACCAAGUUCCAGAAUUUCGAGAAAUGUGAACCAAGUUUUAAAUAAAGGAAGUUAAUUAAGCUUAUUUUUCUUUAACCCUUUCCAAAUCUAUGUAUUUUUUCAAUGAAAGAAACAAAAUUCAUGUAUUUGUCUUUUUUCGCUCGUACUUUUUUCUAAUACCAUUGUGGAUCUUUCUCCUUUUUGUUUUCUUGCAAGGACAAUAGGACAUGUUCAUACAAUUUCCGUUAUUGUCUUCCAUAAGAUCCCAAAGAGCCCAUCUUGAUUGCUUAUUCUGCGAGUACCAUCUCCAAUGUACUCGAUUUUGUUUUCAUGCGAUAAAAGGACGGUUAGCUUCAAGUCUUUGUCGUUUCUUAAUUAUACCGUUACUCUAAUCAGAAUUCAUGGAUCCGAAUUUUUACAUUUCAUUUAUCAUUUCGUAAUUUUCAGCGAGAUUCAUACAUCUCAUCCACAAACUCACUAGUGUACCUACUAAUUAGCAAUUCGUAAAUUCGUGGAAAAGAUGUAUCAUGUAUUGAAUCUUGGUAAGCAAAUUCGGUCUCGUCAUUAACCACAUCCACUAACACAAUCUUGAGAGACUGAGGAAGAUCGAACUGGUUCGGUGUCGGCAGAGGCGCAAAUGACUGGAUAGAACUUCUCCAUAAUUAAAGAACAUAACACGAAACACCGUCACACAAGGCUUCUUUUUCUGGGUUUGUCCGAGUCACACACUUUGUGACAGAACAUACGGAUAAUACGACAUUCAUCAGCUUUUCCUUAUUACCACAAAACAUAUAAUAAUGUCGGGAAGAAUUGGUAAUGUCCUAUGGCACUUGAACUCUUCCAAUCCAAUAACUCCAUUAAUCUAAUUUCACUGACCUUGUCUCUUAGUGCUUGCUGCUCGAGAAGAUCCAAAUAUCGUCGUUGAUUGGAGCCCGAAUUAACCCCCCACUUCGGCUCAAGGCGCUGCUGUGUGUAAUCUACCUACUUGAUUCUUCUUCCGGCUGAUAAUUCUGCCAUUUGUUCAUAUGGUGUUUCCUUCCAGAACAAACACCUGAUGGUAACUGCCAAUGUCUCUCAGGUUCUGUUUCAGCAAAGUGAAAACCGAGAACCCAUUUCUCAGAGAUUUCAAGCUCUCUCAAGUUUGUUGUCAGGGAAGGGAAGAGAAGAAAAGCUUACAGAUGCAAGGUUCUGAUGCUGAUGUAGAAGCAGCUUCAGAUGUCCAGGUUGAUCUGGAAAAUGGGUGGCCGAUCUCGGACGUGAAAGUUUCAGGGCGCAGCAAAAGCUCGAAUCUUUCGAUCGAGAUCCCAAUUGGACCAGCACCUUGUUAUGCUGACAGCUGCAUUGGGAAAGCCAUACUCCACUGCCACAGCUUGCGGGUCAAGAUCAACAGCUCCAUAUUCGACCGCGGCGGCGGUGGUGGACGGAGGAGCUUCUGCCUCAGUUCACACUCCACAGCUCCUCCGGACAGUCCAACCAAGAACAGACAAUCAUCCGUGGCAGAGCUCUGCUGGCGAGAAUGCAAAUCGCUUCCCGCCACACCCACGGCUCCAUCUCGCCCUUCUAUCUACAUCUCGGCACCAGGCUCAGAACGCCGGCCGUCCACCCAGAAAGACCAGCAGCUCCUCGUCGAUCCUUCCAAAGAUCCAAAGUUCCCAACGAUCGUCAUCGACAGCGGCCACGACAGAAAAUUUUCCGAAGACGACGAAGCCGGGAUCUGCAGGAUCUGUCUAGACACGAUGAGGGAAGGGAUCAAAAUGAAAAUGGCGUGCAGUUGCAAAGGCGACCUCAGGCUGGUGCACGAAGCUUGCGCGGUGAGUUGGUUCAGGACAAAAGGGAACAAAAUCUGCGAGAUAUGCGAUCAGGAGGUUACCAAUUUGCCGGUGAUCGAGUUUCGGGAAGACAGCCCGGUGAAGACCGAAGAAGAAACCGAGGACCUAGAUACCCAGAACUGGGCGAUGAAUGAAAAAAGUUCAGUGCAGGAGUUUCUGUGCCUGGUGCUGAUGAGCACGAUAGGGUACUUCGUCGUCCUGGAGCUUCUACUGGUUCAAGAGAAGACGUCUCGUGGGCUCUCAAUUGCAGCUCCAUUUGCUUUUGGCUUGGGGAUUCUGGCAUCAAUCUUUGCAGUCAUCCUAGGAGUGAAAGAGCAAGUAUGGAAAUAUGCAGUACUAGAGUUCGCGCUCGUGUCCGUGAUAAUCCACCUCUCUUCCAUCAUGCUAAACGUGGAACCAGUGUACUCCAUAAUGCUGGGUUCAGUUAUCGGUAUGGUGUUUGCCAUGGGCAUCAACAUCUUGGCUAGGCAUUGCACUACUCCGACUCACAAUGACAUCUAGAGGUUUUGGAGGAUAACUGUAGAUUUUCAGUUCAGAUUCAUCCAUCUUAUAGAAGCAAUCAGCUAGAGUUUGUUGGUGCCAGUUCAGUGCUACCAUUGGAUGCUUUUUGGAAGACAAAACAGUAUAGAAAGCAAUGUUACAAAAGGGUAUUAUUUCAUUUGUAUUCAUUCCCUAAUGGUGUUUUUUUUUUCUCACUAUACUAUAUACCACAAUUCAUGUGGGAGCCAAUGGCGUUAGAGCUGGUUUGUUUUUUCUGUUAACCUUGAUGUAAAUUAGUGCUUGUAAACAAGCUAAAAGAAGAGAAUGAAUAUGCUUACGAUUC